AUGACUCUACGGUCGCAUUUAGCAACAUCGUCCAAGACCCGAAGAGGGUACCACAAGCGGAGAAGCAUUAAUGGGGCGCAAUUGACGUCGUCCUUUAAUACCAUGGCCAGGGCGACUCCAGAAAGCUCCACCUCCUCCGAUAACAUAGACAGCGACGCCACAGUGGCUACAGAAGAGGCCGGUAUCACUAUGGAAGAUGUACCACCGCCCAGCAGGCGUUUUAGCUCGCUCCGCAGAAGCAACAGCCAGCGCCGGUCGUCGUUCUUGGGGCUAAGCAUGCGCAAAGAGCGCACCAUGCACCACGAAACAGGAGAGUACGAUAGCAAUGGCGAGCCCACAUACAUUGUCCGCGUGUCCGAAGCUCAGGGAUUCAAAUGGAACCCCCUGUUGACCGACGUUUUUGACGAGUUAGAUUUCGAGUAG